CCUUCUUUCCUCUCUCUCUCAGUAGACACAACAGGAGACUUCACUUCUCUCGCUUUUGCUUUGAAUUUCAAUCUAAACUCUGAGGCAUUUUCAGCUGACGUUCAUCAGAGGCAUGAAAGUGACCAACAAACACCAGCUGCUGAUGAACUGCUGAUGAACUGCUGAUUUCUUUCCUACCAAUGGAUCUACUCACAGUCAUCUGUCACUUUUUGCUUUUCUUUUUUGAGUCAUCUGCAGCCACCAGCCUGAUCACGGCGGAUUUAUUUGAAGCUCGAGGUCAGCGUGUGUGUAAGGCGGGGAAAGGGAAGCCCUGUUAUAAACUGGCCUAUUUCUCUGAGCUGCGGCGGAGGCUGAACUUUGCAGAAGCAGAAGAAGCUUGCAGACGAGACGGAGGACAACUGCUGAGCGUGGAGACGGCGUCUGAGCAGAAGAUCAUAGAGCAGCUCAUCACAGAGCUGAGACCCACCGAUGGAGACUUCUGGAUCGGCCUCCGCCGUAAGGACGAGCAUGAGGACAGCAGCUCAGACUGCUCCUCGCUGUAUUACUGGCUGGACGGCAGCAAGUCCACAUUCAGGAACUGGCACUGGGACGAACCGUCCUGUGGUUACGAGGUGUGUGUGGUCAUGUAUCACCAGCCCUCUGCCCCCCCGGGUCUGGGCGGACUCUACAUGUUCCAGUGGAACGAUGACAACUGUGAGACCAAGAACAACUUCAUCUGUAAAUACACGGCAGAGAAAACUCCGGACACGUCGCCGUCGCCCAACGCCACACACACAGACAUCUUUCCUGCGUCUGUGCUGCCGUGGAGCCCGGGCGACCGCAGCCACGGCAGGAGCACAGCUCUUAAUCUGGUUUACAUCAUCAUUCCCACAAUCCCGCUGAUCGUGCUGCUGCUGACUGUGAGCGGAGUCUGCUGCUUCAAACUGCUGCUCACACGAAGGAGAAAAGAGCAGAAGUCAGAAGUGUGUCAGACGGACGCCGGCCUCUGCCCGAGCCCAAUCCCAACCGACGUCUACAAGGUCAUUCGCUCCCAGAAGGACGACGACCUGGUUUCUGCUCGAGCCAACACUAAAAACACCUCCUUCUUAUGCUCCUCCCCUGACACACCCACAGGUGACUAUGACAACCUGGGCGGUCGAGACACAGAGAGUGGAUUUGUGACGCUCGCCAGCACAGAGAGCUGCUUCCUUAACUUAGACCUCAACGACCUCAGCCUCGGCCGCCGCGGCGCCCGCGACUUCUAUGACAGCAGCCUGGGCCGCACGGAAAAGAGAGAGCUGAACGACAGCAGUCUGGGCCGAACCGGACACAGAGAGUUCUACGACAGGAGUCUGGGUCGCCGUACGACAAAGAGCGAGCACUACGGCAGCGGCGUGUACGGGGACGGCGGACUGUACGACAGCAGCAUCAGAGCAGGCAGUGACCUCUAUGAUUCCAAGCUGAGGCCUGGAAGUCACACGGUGAAAGCCGACCUGUAUCAGUCAUACAUCACUAACGGCAAGGACGACACUUUCCAGAGCAGCCUGGGAACCUACGCCAACCGCAAAUCCUUCCAGUUUAACCUGGAUUCUUACAGAAAUGGCCCCAACCUGGACAGCGGCAGGAGAUACUUCAACGAACAAGAAUGGAUCAACAGAGAAAACUACUGAUUCUUCAUUUAAAGAGUGCGUGCGCGUACAGCUGAGGACAGAGAGGAGAGACUGUGCAUGCGCGCGGUUGUAAUCAUUUGUUUCUUUAGGGAGGAUCUCUGUGUCUCAGCUGUUUAAACACUGAAUAUAUUAGAAAUGUUAGAGUAUGUGAAGCUGCGCUCUGCAUGGCCGCGUCACGCUGCUCCUGCUUUUACUGUGGAGGCUGAAGGUCGUCAUGUUUACCUCAUGUUACCACGGUUACCUCAAACCUAAUGACCCCAAACUGCUCGAGGGAACCCAGCAGAACACAAAUGUGUGUUAUUUUAUAGAUGUGUGUUUUUGACACGGCCUUAAAUGAACGACAUGUGAGACACGUGAGCGCUGCUCGUGGACAUGCAUAUCACAUGUGUAUCAUCUGUGCAGUUCAUACACAAAACACAGAUCAAACCCAGCCAACGAGCCUUCAGCUCCACACUGUUAAACACUUAGUCCACUUCCAGUCUCCUCGAUACUCGCUGUGUCUAAAGUUACGUGCGUAUGUUUCACUUUUACAUCAAUCAAAAUCAGUUAUGAUGGGACAUUGAGCCUGCAGCCCACCCACAGCACAUGCUAUGAAGAGAAUGAUAAAUGAUUAUUAUUCAGUCAAAAGUAGAAUGCCUUGAGAUUUGUAUGUUUGUUACAUGAGAAUAAAAGGAUAAGAUUU